AGGGAGACUAAUUGACUCAGUCCAUCCAAUACUUCCAUAUACACAACAUAAUAGAGCAUAGAGGGAUGGAGCGAAUGGAGCAGAGGCUCUAUGGAGCUGCAGUUGAAGGGAGUGUGAGUUCCUUGUUGGAAUUGCUUCAAGAAGAUGGAUUGAUUCUUGAUAGAGUUAUUGUCAAUUGUUUCUCUGAGACUCCUUUGCACAUAGCAGCAAUGCUGGGGCACGCAGAUUUUGCGAAAGAGAUUUUGCGUCGAAAGCCUGAGCUUGCUGGGGAGUUGGAUUCAAGGCGAUCAUUGCCUCUUCACUUGGCGUCGGCGAAAGGGAACCUCGAAAUAGUAGAAGUAUUGUUAGCGAACAACCCCGAUAUGUGCCUAGCUUGCGAUAAAUAUGGGAGAAACCCCCUUCAUCUUGCAGUGAUGAAAGGCAGAAUCGAUGUAUUAAAAGAGUUGGUAGCCACUAAACCAAGUGCAGCCAAAGUUGAGGUGGAUCACGGUGAGAGCAUGCUGCAUCUUUGUGUGAGAUACAAUGAGUUCGAGGCUUUGAAGCUCUUGGUAAAGGCCUUGAAUGAUAAUGAACUCGUCAAUGCUAGGGAUGAUAAUGAAAACACUAUCCUGCACCUGGCUGUUGCUGAUAAACAAAUUGAGACCAUAUCAUUUUUGCUUACCAACACCAGGGUGGAAGUGAAUGCUCUAAAUGCAGAUGGGCUUACAGCUCUGGACAUCCUGGUUCGAAAUCGGUGGGAUGUGAGAGACAGAGACAUCGGAGAGGCUCUUCAAAAGGCCGCAGGGGGCCUAAGAACCACAGUCAUGCCCUCAUCUGCAAGUGAACUCAGGACCAUAAGGGUUCAGAGCACUCUGCCCUUAUCUGCAAAUACCCAAUUCAGGCCCAUUAAUCUGGUGCGAGGACCCAAGUUGGAAAAGAAUGCGAAUCAGGAGAGCUGGUUGUCAAAGAAAAGAGAAACACUGAUGGUGGUUGCAUCCCUCAAUGCAACAAUGGCUUUUCAAGCGGGAGUGAACCCUCCUGGGGGUACUUGGCAAGACGGAAACGGGCACCAACCAGGGUCAUCAAUAAUGGCAAAAUUUCAUUCCAAAGAUUACCCACAAUUCUUUGCAUUCAACACUAUCGGAUUUGUUGCAUCACUGAGUGUGAUCCUGCUCCUCAUAUCUGGGUUGCCCUUCAAGCAUAGGGUGUUUAUGUGGGUUUUGACAGCAAUCAUGUCAGUUGCCGUUACAUCAAUGGCCCAAACUUAUGCAAUUUCUGUAAGAGUUGUGGCUCCAGCAAGUGAGGAGAAAGCACCCGCUCAAAUAAUUGAUGUUGCAGUUGCUGUGUGGUGUGGGGUUAUUGGCCUUCUUCUGUUGGGGCAUACAGUUCGCCUUCUGAAAACUCUAGCUGAAAAGUUCGGUGGGUUUAUUUGGAGAGAGAGAAGAGUGCCAGGUUUGGAGUAUAUAAAUGAUGUCAACAUAUAUGCCACGCCUUGACACCUCGUUUGAGACUAUAGAUUAUUCAGUGAAUUUAUAUUAAGAACUUUUAGUCUUAAAAAGGAAAGUUGAUAAUCUUGUUCUUAAUUUGAAAGAAACUAAGGUAGUGUUUGGAAGUAUGGAGUUCGGAAUUGAAUUUGAAUUUGUGUAUUCGGAAAAAAUAAAAAUAAAAAUUGUAUGCUAACCAUGCGUUUAAUAGAGAGCAUGAAUUUUCAAAUUUA